AUGUAUUUUUUUUGUUUAAAGGAAAACGCAGAUCCCCAGAAAACGGCGUUCCUCCUGCGCAAGCAGUGGACCCUAUACAGCGUGACCCCCCUGUACAAGUUCUCGAGCGCUAACCUGAAGGAGUACGCCAGGCUGCUCGGCGCCUUCAUCGCUGCUGAGAAGCAGAAGGGCUUCGCCGUGGAAGUAGGGGUGGACUUGGACAUCAGGGUGACGUUCUCCAGCCUCCCCGACCUGAGAGGCAGCGAUCAAGACCACGCUGCGAUGCACGUGCAGCUUUCUUCAAGAUCAGUUUCCUCCAAAAAUUCAGAAGAGAAGCUGAUGUGGUCAGGCUGGUUCUGUUGUGUGUCUGGAGAUGAUCUUUCGGAGAACAUCCCUGAGGACUUCACUUGUUUACCUUUGUUUCUUGCUAACGGGGCAGAGAGUUACGCGGCCAUUGUUGGAAGCUGGUUUCAGAAGACUUUUGACUGCCGCUUCCGCCGUUUAGCAAUCAGCCCUCUCAAUCUCACUUGGAUGGCAGCCAUGUGGACUGGAUGCAAAGUGGAAAAAAAUGCAUCUGCAACAGAACUCGUUUUCUCUGUUCCCUGUCUUCCCCAGCCUCUGGAUAUUUCCUAUGCCAUUCACCCAGAAGAUGCAAAAGCUCUAUGGGACACAGUACAGAAAACUCCAGGAGAGAUCACUCAAGAAGAGGUGGAUCUCUUUAUGGACUGCCUUUACUCUCACUUCCACAGACACUUUAAGAUCCACUUGUCAGCUACAAAACUGGUAAAAGUUUCUACAGCAAUCGCCUCAGCACACUGUGAUGGGAUUAUAAAGUUUCUACAAAGCAAAUACCUAAUUGGAGUGCUGAUGCUGCUGACAGAACUAGCAAUCUCUCAGAUACAAUGAGACUUGUUUCAGCUGAUUUUCAUCCCAGAAAGGCUUACUGUGGAAGACUUAAGCUGAGAAACCUAUUGGAAGCUCACUCCUGCAAAAACUUUCCUUUCUCGCAUGCUUGCUGUCUGGAGUCAAACAUUAACUCCUGCACUCAAACCUGUAACUAGCAGUAAUUCAACAUCAUAAUCCACAGGAAAGAAGAAAAGAGAGAAAGGCCACAGUACUAAUUUCUAAUAGCUUAAGUAUCUUUGUGUUAUAUCAUAGUCAUACUAUUCAUUUAUGCUCAGUUAUCAACCAGGGGCCAGGAGAUAAAACUUUGCAAACUCCUGGAUGCAACUUAAUGAUAGAUAUUGUUUCAAACUGCAAUCAGGUUUUUCACUAACCUGGAUAGCCCCUGCUACAGGGCCUUUAUCUUUAGUUAAACUUAGUAAUACUCUUGGGCCAAAAUCUAAAUGCAAAGUCAAGCACACCUGAGAGAGAAAGGCAUGCAGGUUAUGAGGCAGAAAAAUCCAGGUUUCUAUCUUCAUACUGGUAAGGGUCUAAAAUCUCUUGCUAGGGCCAGCAUGUAACAGUAGCUAAGCAUAUGCUUGCUCCCCAGUUGGGUUAAGGAAAAAAAAAAAUUUAACUGACAACUGUCUUGUGUUUCCUACUUGUCCUCACAGACAAGUUAAUGCAUAGAGUAAUCAAGGGCUGUCUAUAAGCUACAGACUUGGUCUGUUUUGCCUGGUGUUUUAUCUUCUGCAAUGUAAUCCUGUAGUCUGGAGAGCUCUUUGGAUUGAAGCCAUGGGCACUACAACUUUAUACUAGCUCUU